AUAGACAAGUCUAUCUUCAAAAGAAAUCAUGAAUUCAUAUACCUAAUGUUUGAACUUUAUGCUCGCAACCUUGGAAUAAACCAUCAUUAUUUACAAUGUAGGUAAUAAUUUUUGCAAAAUGGUGUUGGAAGUAAUAAUUUAAAAAAAAAAAAAGCUUAACCUUCAUAAAAAAAAGAAGAAAAAAAGGGAAAAUGGUAUAACAUUAUUGCAAAUAAAAGCCUGAUAUGCAAAACCACUGACUGCUUUCUAAAAUCAUUAAUCAAAAUAUAGAAACGAUAUAUCAAAGCUUGUACAAACAUAUUUUGACAAUUUUGCAUUUUCGUGCAAUGUCUGAAAAUACGAUUAUGUCCGUUUGUCUCAUUUAUGAAAAUAUGCGUUGAUUAUUGGAAUUUGUGACAGAUGCUGGGGUUUCCAUUGAAAACUAUAAACAAAGAUUUCAUUGGCCAGACUACGAAAUCCCCAUGACGACAAUUGUUGUGUAAUCUACUAUUGGUCUAGACCGUGAUCACGUGAUCUUUUGCACUUAACUUUGCUCCAGUUCAAACAUGGCCGUCAAGUUUGGUGAAGAUAAGGGGGGUCGAUAAUUUUAUCAAAUUACUUUUAAUAGGAAGUUUUAUUCGAUCAUACUAAAUACAUGGAGACUUAUAGAGUUUUAAAGAAACAUUUUGUUGUGAAAUAGUGUAUUUACGCACUUGGAAAACAUCGAAUCCUACCAGGUAAACAGAGAGCAUAUUUGCUAACAACUGUACAAGGCAACAUUUUACCAGUGGACUAUAUUGAAACGAAAGUGAUUGUUAUACUGAAGAAUGGCCGAUGAAAAUGAUAUUAUAGGGAGUGCUUCCGAGUUUAUAAAAGAUCGACUGUACUUUGCCACACUGAGAACAAAGCCAAGAUCUACAGCACACACACAUUAUUUCUGUGUCGACGAUGAGCUUGUGUAUGAAAAUUUCUAUGCAGACUUUGGACCACUGAAUUUGGCACAGCUAUACAGAUAUUGUUGUAAAUUAAAUAAAAAACUAAAGUCUUUCUCACUUGCAAAGAAGAGAAUUAUUCACUACACAAGCUUUGAUGCAAGGAAACGUGCCAAUGCUGCAUUUCUGAUUUCAUCAUAUGCAAUCAUUUAUCUGAAGAAAACCCCAGAGGAAGCAUACAGGCCACUAGUGGCUGGUUCAAAUCCACCUUUUCUUCCAUUUAGGGAUGCAUCAUUUGGGGCAUGCACAUACAAUCUCACAUUGCUGGACUGCUUACAUGGUCUUAGUAAGGCACUAGCAAAUGGUUUCUUCAAUUUUGAAACUUUUGAUGUUGAUGAGUAUGAGCAUUAUGAGAAAGUAGAAAAUGGUGACUUCAACUGGAUUGUGCCAAACAAAUUUUUGGCAUUUUGUGGACCUCAUCCCAAAACAAAGAUUGAAAAUGGGUAUCCAUUGCAUGCUCCAGAGGCAUACUUCCCAUAUUUUAGGAAACAUAAUGUGACCGCAAUUGUGAGGUUAAACAAAAAGAUCUAUGAUGCUAGGCGAUUCACAGAUGCAGGCUUUGAUCACUAUGACCUGUUUUUCAUUGAUGGGAGUACACCAAGUGAUAAUAUAGUCAGGCAGUUUAUAGAGUUAUCUGAAAAUGCUGAAGGUGCUGUUGCUGUACAUUGUAAAGCUGGUCUGGGUCGUACAGGAACUUUAAUAGCUUGUUACAUGAUGAAGCAUUAUAAAUUCACUGCUUCAGAAUGUAUAGGGUGGUGCAGAAUUUGUCGGCCAGGUUCGAUUAUAGGGCCUCAACAGAAUUUCUUGGAAGAAAAGCAAUCGCUGAUGUGGAUGCAAGGAGACCUGUACAGAGCUCGUACAAAGGAUGAUAAGAGACGGGAGAGACAUCACAGCGUGUCAAAGAUUCUGACAGCCGUGGAUGAUAUGCGCAUUCAAGAUGCCAUUGAGUUAGAAAAAUGUGGCUAUCAGGAGGAUGAGAAUUCUGAAUAUAUUUACAGAGCUCCCAUUACAAGAGGCAGCAUGAUAGAAACUCAGGGUGACAAGCUUAAUCAGAUGAAGCUGCUGCGACAACACCACUCACGGUCAGCGACCACUGGAGCUCUAGGCUCAAGCCGAUAUGAUGACUACAUAGAUAAUAGGCCAUACAGCAAGGAUUAUAAAAGCAACCUGUACAAAACUUCUGAUGUCUUGGCUUCCUCAGGCAGUGAUUGGCCCUACAAAUUUCGCUCCUCCACAAUCAGUUCCUCAUACUCGAAGUACUAAAGCAGCCGUUAUACGAUGACAACAUGGUGGAUUGUGAUGUCCAACUGACUGUGAUAUACAUUUUCUUUGUGUCUAUGCAGGCCAGGAAAAAGAAAGAGAGAUAGCUAUUUCAUUAAAGGAAGCCUUUUGUUAAUCUUUGAAUUGCUGGAGCAUUGUGGUAGUGAAAUAUUUUCAAUUUGUAAAAUAGAAAAAAAUUGUCAAAUUUUGUACAUACUAUUUAUUGCCUGAUUGGACCUGUCACCUGUUAAUUGAGUUUUGCACUGUAAGAAAUAUGCUUUUUAGUUGCAUUUUUGAAAGAAAGAAAAAAUUAAGUUGAAUAUUAUUUGUUCUGAUAGAAAAAAAAAAAUCAUUGAAUACAUUGUAUUUUAACAUUACAAUACACCAUUGUUAACCACUAUUAGAAGCAAUUCAUCUCAUAAAUUGAAACAUGUCAUUGUUAUGAAAUAUACAUGUAACAUUUGAGUUAUGUAUUUUGUAGACAGACAUUUUCACCUUUAUGGGUGGGUUUUACUAAGUAAAAGUCGUUGAUCUUAAUUUCUUACCAGACAAAAACACUCUUUUUGGUGUUCUCAUGUUAAAGAUAUGUUUGGACUUUGAAAUAAUUUUUAAGUCAUUAGAUGAGAUUUGAGAAAUACCUCCAAGGACCAAGUCUUUCUAAAUCGGAGUGAUGUACUAUGCACUGUGUGUUGCUUGAAAAGAUAAAUGGAAGUGCUGUUUUAUUUAAGAAUUUAUUUUGUUGAUUUAUGCUGUUAACAUCUGUAAAAGGGGUAGGGGGACUGAAACACCAAUAUUAUAUGUUUUAUAGAUUUUAAGCAAAAUAUCCAACAUGUUUGUUGGAAGUUUUUUAAAAAAAAAAACGUUAAAAAAGAGUGUUGUACAUAUCUUGACAACCAUCAAAACAUUAUGCCAUUUGUUUUACUGCGUAUUGUUAUGAAAAGUGUGUUUGCAUGAAAUCAAAUUUCCUCCCUAUUCCCUCUUUGAUUCAUCAGAGAUGACAUAUUUAUAGAUUUCCAUUUUACAUUUAUAUUGUAUAUGCCUAUUUUUAUACCCUUUAGAAAUUUAUAUAUUUUAGGUUUACAACCACAGUGGCAGAUUUUUAUUCUGACUAUUUAAGAUGACCUUUCCUAUACAAGGGUUAUUUUUAAAUGUGUACAGAUGAAACGGUUUUAGUGUGUCUGCACUCUGCUCUUCGUGGUUUUUAGUUGAUCCUUUUGCACUUCUUAUCAUGAAAUUUACAAUUAUAUAAAGGUAUAAUGAUCACAGCAUAGAAAAACGUCUUUACUUAGUUCAGAGUAUAUGUGCAUGUAGUUUCAUUUUCCAUUCUACUUCAAGACAGCUAGUCAGGUUUUUUUAUGCGUCUUGGUUGUAAUGUAGUAGGACGGCCAAACUUUUACGUGGCUGGCCAUAAGCUGACAUUGAUUCAUUGAAUAAAACCAUUCAUAUUUUUCUUUGUCAUGAAUCUGAAUGUUAAAAGAAAACCUAAGUAUUGAUACGGAAGGUAUAUUCCAAACCACGUGUACACGGUAUGUUUCAUUUUGUUGUCACACAGUAUGGAUUAUAUUUAUGUAUUUCUUUGUUUUUCUGUGUUCAAUUGUAAUUUAUUCUAAGAAAUGUUGAUAGGCCAACAUUUUAAUCUUUCAAAUCAGUAGUACUCUGUACGCCAAAAAAAAUGCAAUAUCAGAACUAGUAAUGCAUUCUUAGCAACUCUUCAAUGGUCUGUCAGUUUCCACUUGUAAUAAAGCUUAUUUAAAAUGUUUGUAAGAAUCAUAUUUAUGCUGUAAAUAAGUAAACAAAGAUGCAUAUUAUAGUUUAAUUGAAGAAGUAUUUUAUACAACCAUUGUUUUUAUAGUUAUCUUAAAAAGAAAAAAUGGAAAUAAUAAAACACUUCUAUCUA